AUGGCUCUCGACUUUCCCACCAUAUACCUGUUGCCAACCCACCUUGGGGCCGACGAGCUACCCGAACUGGAAAGCCAGAUUCCUUCUUUGACCUACGACAUCAACGAGGCCAAGGUCGUACUGGGGAAACUAUCACGGAGAGAAAGGGCCAUGCUGGAGUUAAGAUCGCGAAAGCUUCAAACCGAAGAGAUCGUAGCAGCACCAGUCCCAGAACCCAACACAGUUCCGAUAUCCGCCUCAGCUCCCCCAGCGAAGCGUAGGAAGCUUUUGAUAUCGCCCAGGACUUCUCCCGGUGCUGGAUCGAGUACUGCAUCUGAUACCGAUGAAGAAACGGGAGAUACAACAUCAAAGGCCCGCCGUCCGAAACCUGCCGUAACACCCGAGUCUCCAGAUUUCGAGCACGACAAAGAUGUAAUCAACGUCGUCAGGCUGGCUUGGUUUACCGACAGCAUGGCCCGAGGGAGCGUCCUACCGCUAAACGAAUAUCUGAUAUAUAGGGGACGGAAGAAGCAGGCGAAGCAGGCAAUGGUCGUUCCAUCAAGACUGGACCCCAGCGAGAUUCUCAGGCGUGCGAGAGAUGAUGCGAAUGCGAAUGGACGCCCAGCGUCGCAACACGGCUCUAGUCAGGGCUACACCGGCUCCCAAGACCAUCCGAGAACCGCACCUCAUAGCAAACGUCCCCAUUUACUGAAGGAAACUACUUCGGAGCACGACCGUGCCGAGAGACUGCCGCCGCUCCCAGAGUACCUCCAUAAGCCGUACGCUUGCCAGCGCCCAGCCCCUUUUAACCCACCCAACAAUGCCUUCAUCGAGCAACUUACGGAGAUGCGGACUAUCAGGAAACUUGAGCAUGAUGAUGUCGGAGUCAGGGCAUACUCGACAAGCACCGCGUCCAUAGCAGCCUAUCCGUAUCGGAUCUCGCAUGUAGCUGAAAUUGCCAGAUUGCCAGGCUGUGGACAGAAGAUUGUCGAGCUAUAUCUACAAUGGAAGGAGAACGGCUAUCUCAACGACGUCGAGCAGGCCGCCGCAAGUCCAAAGAUGAGAGUCCUCAAACUCUUCUACGAGAUCUGGGGCGUUGGGGAGACGACAGCCAACGAGUUUUAUAACCGGGGCUGGCGCGACCUCGAUGACAUUGUCGAGCACGGAUGGGACAAGCUCACACGGGUGCAGCAGAUCGGCGUCAAGUACUACGACGAGCUACUGGAGAAGAUCCCACGGGCAGAGGUCGAGUCCAUCGCAGACAUCAUUCUCCAGCACGCCAACAGGAUCCGCGACGGAUACCAGAUGGUCAUCGUUGGCGGUUAUCGGCGAGGCAAGACGGCCAGCGGCGACGUGGACGUCGUCAUCAGCCACCCGGAUGCAUCCGCCACCGACUUCUUCAUCAACGACAUCGCGAACAGCCUCGAGGAGGACGGUCACAUCACCCACACGCUCACCAUCAGUUCCCGAAACAGCGAACGAGGGCAGGAGCCUGUAGCGUGGAAAGGCGAAGGCGGCAAGGGCAGCGGUUUCGACACGCUCGACAAGGCGCUGGUCGUAUGGCAGGAUCCCGUCUUCGACAAGGCCUCGUCAUCCAAGAACCCCAACCCGCAUCGCCGCGUCGAUAUCAUCAUCAGCCCCUGGCGGACGGCCGGCUGUGCAGUCAUCGGUUGGACUGGCGGGACCACGCUUGAGCGAGAUCUCAGGCGCUACUGCAAGCACGUAAAGCGCUGGAAGUUCGACAGCAGCGGCGUGCGGACGCGGAUGGACGGCGGCGAUUGGGUCGAUAUCGAAAGCGACGCCGAUGGGAAGCCGGCACCUGACAUGCUGACGGCGGAGAAGAGGGCCUUUGAGAGACUGGGGCUCGAGUGGCGGCCGCCCACGGAGAGAUGCACUGGCUGA